GGACGUUGAUUCAUGUAAUCGCCCUCGAGAAGGGGAUAGGUCGCACCGAAUUUUCCGCUCCGUCGUUCUGACUAAUUCACGCUCCCAUUCUGUUGGCUUCCAUUCCUCCCUUACAGUUUCAACCCACGUCCCGUUGAUAACCGCUUCCUUCUCAACCGCGUAGAGAGCUCCCCACUAGUCUAAUGCGGUACCAUUUUGGUCUACCUAUCACCCCAUUGGCUGGCUCGCCAAUUGCGCGUCUGGUAACAAUGAAUAAAAAUCACUCACAUUGAUUCAUACCGCCUCCAAGAGGACCUGUAGGAACAUGUUGAUCAUGGCUGCAUUCCAUAUACCGUUCAAUUCCAGUUCGGAUAGUGGGAGAAGAUAGUCUCCCCAAGGCAGAGUAGACAGAGAUGCAAACCUUCGUGCCUCAGGAUAUCUCUGUCUGACGGAGGACAAAGUUAAUGCGUUCUUGUCACCGACACGCAGCAUCGUUGAUGAGGAUAACCUGAUAUAGUAGGUAUGGUAGUUCAAAGUGUGACUUUGACGCGUGACGUCACGCGUUCACUCCAUCGUUCACGUCCACCAUCGACAAAAGGACACAACUAAACCAGGACCCUCUAUGUGAUUUAUCAUGUCCACGCCUUUAACCAGCUCAUUGUUUGAAACAAAUCCAUAUGAGGGUCACCCAAAUCUUUCAGAUCUGGAGGCAGAGGUGCUCUGGCAGUAUGCCAAGUUGUCUCAAAACAUCAAAGAGUUGGUAGCAGAGACGCGUAGACUGAGCGAGACGCCUGAUGAAAGCUUGCUGAAACAGCUGAGAUCACUCGAGAUGAAGAUGGGCUUGGUGCUCACGCUAUUCAAAGCAUCUGUCUGGGCCGUGAUCAACGAACAACCUGCUGCGGACCUUACCGGUCCAUACGCAGAAACCACUGCUGAUGAAACGAUUAUGCGCUGAUCAGUGAGUGAUCCAGGGAGUUCAGCAGCCCCGCGAUACAUAUUUCCUCAAAUUCGCUCAUUGCACUUCUCCAGUAUCCUCACCCCCACCUUAGGACUGGUCAUUACACUCUCAGAUGAGUGCAUCCUCAGUAGUAGACAAUGCGCGCGAUGGGGUUCUUUCUCGCAGUCGUACGCAUUACAAUUGCUCGAUUCAACGCAAUACAAAUUAUCAACCAUCCAAUCACGCCUCGAUGGCCAACAAAGGCUUUUACAGGCACUAUUGCAAAGUAAUUCUUGGUCAGCACCGAAAUGUGGAUGGUAGGGGUAGCGAGGCUCAACACACCUGAUAGUAGUAAGGUGGCGAGACAGCAGUGCAAGUGAAUGGGCUGGCACAAACUGUUGGGCCUGUGUAUCCAGUUCCUGCAGGAAUGUGAAGACGCCCUCAGCCUCAUAUGAAACUUUCAGAAAGAUGUGAAUGUACACGAACCUCCGCACUGAGCCCAGUGCUCCGCAACACCGUUACUAGGAGGGGGAGUUGACGUGGGAGGAGCAGAGGUAGGUGGAGGAGUCGAGGGAGG